GGCGCAGCAUCAGACUACCGCAGUAUUCACAGAGAGACGCCGAGACAAGCCAGUAGCAGGUGUUUAAUUGAGCAACAAGAGUGCUGCGAGAACGCGACAAAGCGUGCAGCCUACAGCACUGCAAGUUGGUCAGAUUAUGAACACACUGGCAGCCACACUGCUUCUGCUGCAUCCUGCGCAAUGCCUGCGCUUCCGCCGCGGUUCGUUCGGCGACCUCGUACCGAUAGCCACAACCAUGGCGAAAAACCUCAUGAACCCGCUGUCGAUCAAGGUCGACUGCUUCGAGGUCGCCGAGUCGGAGGGCCAACGCAUUGGCUGGGGGCAGCUGCGACCGCUCGGUCCUGCCGCCGCCGACCCGGACGACUUCGACGCGGCGCCUGGAUCCCGUGGGGCCGACGACGUGGAUGCGGCGUGGGACGCGCUGCCCGACCCGCCGACGGGAUUUGCGUCUUUACCCUGGACUGACGAGUACAAGGCGUUCGCGCGCGGCGCCGAUGAACGACGAAGGGGACGCGACGCGGCAUCGGCUGACGCGCCGCAGCUCUGGGAGCUUGCCAGCGUUUUUGUCCUCGAGGAGCACAGACACCGCGGGACCGGGGCAGCGAUCGUCCGACGGCUGCUGGAGCGGCACGCGGCGCGCGGGCUCAGCGCGGCGGAUAUCUACCUGCUGACGCUCGCCUCGACGGCGGGGUGGUACGAGGGCCUUGGCUUCGAGCAGGUAUCCGAACCGCGCGACGUGCCGGAGCCGAUGGCCUUCGAGGUCGCGGCGGGCCGCGUCGUCACGGGGCUCAUCGGCGCGGAGCUCGUUGUGAUGCGUGGGGUUGAAACAACGUAAUUCAUUACACAACUA